AUGAGGGAAAGAGUAGUACAGCAAUUCAGGGCGCAGCUCUGGUUGUUCUUCCUGUGCAAGAGCAGCAUCCAUACCACGACCAAGAACACCAAGCUCCGACACGAGAUCCAUCUGGGCAAGCGCGAGAGAUACGACAUCGCGGAGCCAGCCAAACUAGUGAAGAGGGUCGAAGAAAUCCACAAGUACUUGAACCUCACCAAUGAGACCCUCAUUUCUCUGAUGGAUGACUCUAUCGGGUACUUGAUGAAACUAGGGAACGACGCUAGCGACGAUCUCAACUCGACAGCAAGCCAAUGGGUGAGUGUGGACCCUUACCGGAAGAACUACCGCAAGGCCGUGGUGCAGAAGUUGCGGGAUGUUGUCGAGGCGGACAGAAGCAGUUUCUUUGAGCAGAUCGACAAUGUCGGGAUCUUGUUCCAACCGAGCACUCUUGCGAGGUCGGUCUAUGGAGCGAUGAUCCAGGCUAAAGACAUACAGGGGCUGAUAAUCAGGCUGCGCUGGGAUGUGGCACUAGAAGACCUCUGCAAGUUUAGCGUCGCUGUUACAGAGACAAGUGUUCUCCCUCUGACGGUCGACGACGCACAAGAGCUACCCAACUCGAGGCUGACGCUGGGCAAAAUCAAUGGUGGUUGUCGAUAUGGUCCACUGAUGCAGCUAAUGCUAAAUUGGGGUCUUCAGUUGUUGAUUGUCCGAGACUUUGGGGAACUCUUCUUGCGUGUGUUCAGCUUGCCCUCCUUGCACCUCCCAGGCCACGUUUACUAUCAGUCAGUCCCGUUCUUAAACCACAGCCACAUAGUCCGCGACCUCCGAGGACCCAAGGCGUUGUUGUCACAAUAUCUACGAUUAUUGAUGGCUGCAGACAUCUCUAAGGGCUGUACUCUGGGACCAAAGCUUGCAAAUGAGCACUCUGGGGACAUUACACCAGAUAGCAGGAUGCCCCUUCAAGAAGGCUGUCAUACUCGGUCCAUAAAUGGGCGCACUCCACAGCAACACGAGCAGAUUCUUUCGAUUGACGCGCUGCUCCAGAACCCUCAUCUCAGCAUUACGGGCUAUGGCUAUCAACAUCGCGUUGCAUCAGCCAUGUGCUUUACAGAGGGCUUAGCUACGUUCGACAUCAGCACUGGCAUCAGUGACGCAGAAUGA